AUAAAAAUUCAUUAAAAACUUAUAUUUUCGAAAGGGAACAUUCGAAAAACAAUUUAUUUUUUUUUCUUUCCUGAUGGAAUAAAUUCAUUCUGGCUAUAUCACCAUGUUAAACAAUUUAAGACUUUGCUUAAAUCCGUUCUCAAAAAAGAAUUCAUAUACUCGUGUGCAAAAUUAUGCCAAUCAAGUGAUUUCCCAUUUGCUCCAACUGCCGUCCACAGAAAUUUGUGCUGAACCUAACCAAAGAGGACUCGUUUUGGGUGUGUAUGCCGAUUCAGAAAAUAAGAACGAUAACGGUAUCCUUACUCCGGCGGCAUGGCGGUACAAUGUAAAAAGCACCGAAGGAAGAAUGUUAGAGGUUCUACGGAUGUCUGGUCCCCUGCCGAAAAUUGGCGAAGCAAGAAUUCUAUUUUGUGUUGAACCUAAGAAGAUUCCAUAUUAUUCUGCUGUAGCAGUUGUUGGCCUCGGUAAAGAAUGUCUAGGUUAUAAUUCGUAUGAAAUGAUUGACGAACGCAAAGAAGCUAUAAGACGUUCUGUGGCAGAAGCUUGCAUGAAAUUGAGCGACUUAUUUAUCGACCGAAUUGAAGUGGAAACUUGUGGACAUGCCGAGUCAGCUGGAGAAGGGGCAGCAUUGGGCAUCUGGGCCUAUCAAGAGCUCAAAGAUAAUAAGCAACGUCUUGAAGUACCAAGUAUUGAACUGCACACUCACAAAGAUGAGAUUUGUGAUUUGGAUGGCUGGCGAAUUGGCUUACAAAAAGCUGCCGCUCAAAAUUUUGCUAGGCAAAUGCAAGAGACGCCAGCAAAUUUCCUCACGCCUACAGCUUUUGCUGAAAAAGUUGUUGAGGUGCUGUGCAAGUCCGGCGUAAAUGUUGAGGUCAAAGUUGAAGGCUGGGCCGAAAGUCAACAGAUGAAUGCUUUUCUGGCUGUAGGAAGAGCCUCUUGUGAAGCUCCAAUAUUCCUCGAGCUCACUUAUUAUGGUGGAACCAGGGACGACAGACCUAUUGUUCUGAUUGGCCAGGGGAUAACCUACGAUUGUGGUGGCCUUAACUUAAAAAAUAAAGAAGAGCUAAAGCAAAUGCGAGCUGAUAUGACUGGAGCUGCUGUUGUUGUAGCUACUUGCAAAGCUAUUUCAGCACUUCGUUUGCCUGUCAACAUUCGAGCUCUUAUACCACUAUGUGAAAAUGUUAUUGGAUGCAAUUCAUUCCGACCGGGUGAUGUAGUAACUUGCAUGAAUGGCAAGACCAUAGACAUCCAAGGUACAGAUCAUGAAGAUGUCUUAGUAUUGGCAGAUGCCCUACUUUAUGCUCAGAAUUUUUGCCCAAAAUUUAUAGUUGAUGUGGGUACCACAUCGGGUGCUAUGCGUCAAACAUUAGAUGAAGCAGCUAGUGGAAUUUUUACGAAUUCGGAAAUCCUUUGGCAACAAAUCAAACAUGCUAGUAUUCAUACGGGUGACCGAGUGUGGCGCUUUCCGUUAUGGAAUUAUUACACUCGGUUGGUUACUGGCUGUGAAGCUAGUGAUGUUCAAAACUAUGGCAUGGGAACUGGAGGAAAUCCUUGCAAGGCAGCCGCAUUUCUGCGACAAUUUGUUCCAUGUGGACAAUGGAUGCAUAUAGAUGCAACCAACGUCAUGUAUACCAGCGGAAAAGAUUUCCACUACCUUCGGCCUGGAAUGUCUGGCAGACCAACGAGAACUUUAAUUGAGUUCAUAGCGCAGACCGUUUGCAAGGAAUCUGCUCCAAAAAUUAAUAACCAGAGGUAGAAGGAAAUGUAUGUUGGUUUUUGUUUUAUUUUUUGUAAAAUAUCGAUAAAAAACUUAAGUUUUGCGAAACUAUGAACAA